CAUAAAAUUGUGCAAAAAUCUCUUCCACUUGUGCUUGUACUAGACCACUUUUCUCAAUCAAUAUUAGGUAGCGUGGAUCUUGAUAAGUAUUAGAUACUAACUACUUGAUUUAAAUUGUAGAGGAAGGAUAUUUUGGUAGUUUUACACUACUGAUUAGUAGUCCUAAUUCUGUGUAUGUAUAGGUAAGGGAGUGUAACUGCAGUAACCAUAGGUGUAGUUUUAGCUUUAGGGGUAAAACACGUAAAUAUUAUAUUCUUGUGUGUGCAUGUGAUUUACAAUUUUUAUUUAUUUGUUUUCCUCCUCUAGAAAGAGAAUGAGAGAUGGUGGGAAAAGCAACAUUUAUAUAGUACCAUGAGGGGUUUAGUUGUAAACCAAAUGCUAAUUUAUUCCUCCUAGAAAUGUAAUCAUCCUUUGAAUAAGAAAUAUGAAAGUGACAUUCAUCAAAUGAGCUCUAUCUUGAUAUAUAUAUAUAUAUAUAUAUUUUUUUGUGAGUCUAUGGAUGAAUUGUUAGACGCGUGGUCCAAUUCCCACUUAGAGGCAUUGUCCGCUAUAGCCUAGCUCAAGGGCUGGCCUUAGGGAUUUGUCCCUUCAGUCUCCAAUUCACGACCUUGAUUCUGAUAUCGUGUUAGACAAGUAGUCCAACACCAUCUGAAAGUGGUGGCUGCUGUGGCUCAGCCAACCUCUGGUCUCACGAGUUCCAACCCAAAAGGUGUGGAGAUGUCAUAUGCCGUUUUAUAAGUUCAUCUUAGACGUCAUAAGCAUUGGCAAAGGACAAAACCGAGCUAGUGCUGUAACUGUGGAAACCAAGUCACCUAUUUGGAUGAACCAAGUCAGUCUAGCAUUUGGCUUGAGGAAAAUGAACUAUAAGUUUCUCAUCCCCGGACAUAAGAAGUCUUCCAUGGAAUCAACAAGUCUUCAAAGAAGAAACCCAACUUCUGGAACACUUUUUGGUAGGCAAAAUAACCGUUGUGUCAUCUAUUCCACAAAUUCGAGUAUGGUUGCAGAGUCUGUAGAAAGAAGAAACCAAAGCUGGUUCUACCGGAUGAAAGUUGAGAGCGAUUUAAUUAUUCAAGUCGAAGAAAACAUCUUUCACUUGCAUAAGCUUCCGAUGGUCUCAAGGAGUGGAUAUUUGAAUCGGUUGAUCUUUCAGAGAAAAGGCAUCAACUCAAGUCCUAAUAUCCGGAUUGACAAUUUUCCCGGUGGAGCCAAAUUUUUUGAAUUAAUUGUUAAAUUCUGUUAUGGAUGGAAGGUUGAUCUGACAGCAACCAACAUUGCUCCUUUAUAUUGUGCUGCACAUUUCUUGGAAAUGAGUGAUGAUUUUGAACAACAAAACCUCAUAUCCCAAACAGAGUCUUUCUUGAGUUUUCUUAUAUUUUCAUCAUGGAAAGACACAUUUAGGAUUUUCAAGAGCUGUGAAUCCAUCUCCUCAUGGGCCCGAGAUCUUCAAAUCUUGAAACGAUGCUCGGAAGCUGUUGCCUGGAAGGCCUGCGCCAACGCAAAAGCAAUUGAGUCUGACAACAAUGAAGUAGAAUGCCUGAGUGUUUUGCCAGACAAUGUAAAUGGAAAUGUAAUCGAUGGUUGGUGGUUUGAAGAUGUUUCGCUCCUUCGAAUAGAUCAUUUCAUUGAAGUGAUUGAAUCAAUCAAAAGAAAGGUAGUGAGAACGAAGCUCGUUGGAUUGUGCAUAGCGCAUUGGACCGUGAAGCGGCUUUCGAAAAUCAAAUUUGGACUUGAAAAUGUGACUCAACAAGAAGAUAUGCCACUUGAGCUACAAAAAGUCACAAUUGAGAGUUUGAUAAGGGUACUUCCGGUAGAGGAAAAUUCGGUUUCCUUCAAUUUUCUUCUUCAUCUUCUCAAAAUAGGCGUUAUUAUGAAAAUUGAUUCUGAAUUACUAAAUAUGCUAGAAAAAAGGGUCAUAUUUGUAUUGGAGAAAAGUCGUGCCAAGGAUCUUUUAGUUAGAAAUUAUGAGCCCGGUGGUGCAGUAUAUGAUGUGACCAUAAUUGCCAGAGUGGUAGAAGCUUAUCUUUUGCUUGUCUCGAGUAAUCCUCCUUCAAGAAUAUUUGUUAUUGGAAGGUUGGUGGACGAGUAUCUGACACUAGUAGCGAGAGAUGAAAAUCUUGAAGUGAAAAAUUUUCAGUUACUCAUAGAAGCGUUGCCAAGAAAUGCCCGUUAUUGUAAUGACAACCUUUACAGAGCCAUCGAUAUGUACCUCAAGGCACAUCCUAGCCUAACAGAAGAAGAAAGAAAUGGCAUAUGUCGAGCCAUGGAGUACCAUAAAUUAUCUCAAGAAGCUCGUAAACACGCCAUGAAGAAUGACCGCUUGCCAUUAAAUAUUAUCACCCGGUUUAUCCUUCUGGAUCAAGUUAAUAUGACAAGGUCAAUCACAACCAACGGAACAAAUUACCAGAGAACAAAGUCACAGGCAAUUAUGAGAGCAAGUCGAGGCCUAGGGAAGGCGAGGAUCAAUUCGCGAAAGGAGAUAGAGACCAUGAAACAAGAUGUUGAGAGGAUAAAGGUGAAACUCAGUGAAUUGCAACUACAUAAAAUGGAGCUUCAAAGGCAAGUGCGAAGACAAUAGUUUGGUUUUGUGAGAAAUUUGAAGUAUUGUUGAGGCUUUUAUUUUGAUUUGUCCAACUGUGAUUCACAUCCUCAAAAUGUGAAAUCCAUUACGUAUUCAUGCCCCUUUGUUCUUGGUAUUUAACAAAAUUUUUGGAAGAAAAAUCUGUAAUAAUUCUUAGAAAAAAUAUAUAUGUAACUAGUCAUAUGAAAAAUUGGAAAUAGCAUUUUCUAUACUAGUAAUGAAAAGAGGGGUUUGGAGCUUUCUUGUGUUUUAGAUUUGUAAUUAGUAUAUUUUGAAAAUGUGCAUCAACCAUUGUAAUAAAGGAAAGGCUAAAGUUGGUGUUUAACAUCUUAA